CAAGUGCCCCUCACACACUCACACAUUGUUCCGUGUCCAGCUGUGCCUUGUUCUUCUGUGGGCUGAGAUGACGACAGAAACGAGCGUGGGGGUGGAAGGAGAGCAACUGAUUCAGAGCUCAUUCUGGGUUCACAAUCUCGCUGUGAUGCCAGUGUGUGAAGGCUGAGGUACUGCAUCCCAUUAUAAACCCUAAACAAAGGUGAAAUCUCCCAAGAUGCAGUGGUGCAAGUGGGCUGGCAGUUGGAGGUCACACUUGGCAAGACAGUCUGCAGAGCCAGAGGCUGAGGAGUCUUUUGACUUUCUUUUUAAAAUCAUCCUGGUUGGGGAUUCAGAUGUUGGGAAGACCUGCAUGGUGCAGCGCUUCAAGUCUGGCGUCUUCAUAGAGAAACAACAGAACACGAUAGGGGUCGACUUCACGGUUCGUACCCUGGAUAUUGACGGCAAGAAGGUGAAGAUGCAGGUGUGGGACACUGCUGGACAGGAGCGUUUCCGCACCAUAACACAGAGCUACUACCGCAGUGCCCACGGAGCGAUGGUGGCCUACGACAUCAGCCGCCGCAGCACAUUUGAAUCUGUUCCUCACUGGAUCAGGGAGGUGGAGCAGUACGGGGCCGCCAACGUGGUUGUGAUACUUAUCGGUAAUAAAUCGGACCUCCACCCUCAGAGGCAAGUGUUAUUUGAGGACGCGUGCACUCUGGCUGAGAAGAACAGCCUUCUGGCUGCUCUAGAAACCUCAGCCAAGGAAGCCCAGAACAUAGAGGCCGCCUUCAUCCUGAUGGCUCGAGAACUGUUAGCCCGCAACGGCAUGACCAUCGUAGACCAGACCUCUCAGUGCCCUCCGCAGUUCAUGUUGAGUGACAACUGUCAGCCUAUUUAUGGUGCAGCAUCUUCAGAUAAGAGGUGUGACUGCUGAGCAGACCCAAGGAGGUUACGUAUGUGUUAUUGGACUUUUGCUUUAUAGGCUUAUUUAAGAGAAAAGGACGUUUAUUUGAGGGCGAUGUGUGUAUUUCAUAGCAAAACUAAGGCAUUGAUUUAUUUUUUAGUUAGCAGGGGCCUGUAACAGGUUUAUUUUAUGAUGUUCCUCUGACCACGAUAACAAGCCACACCUUUUGCUCAAGGACUCUGUACUGACACAAUACUGCAUAAUCAUUUUAAUUACAAAGCUUUGUUUUAACGUUGCCAUAGUUACACAUGUUGGUUACACAUAAACCUUAAGAGGUGCUGCAAUUGUUACUGAAGUCUAACAAACAUUCACACAUAGAAAAACAGCACCCUUUUUCUGUCUAAUAGACAAAAUAAAAAAACGAUUCUAUAAAUUUUACUAAAACAAAAACGGACGUUUAAUUGCACUUUUUAGGGGCUAAAUCAGACGUUAGCUUCUUUAUCUCAUGAACAUUAGUUACAUGUUUAACAGCACUUAAAUGAACACGUUUUUGUGUUAGUUUGGAGGAGCUCGUGAUGUACGCCACUUUGUAUUAAAUAAAAAAUAUUUUAAAAAGUG